CUAACCUGGAAAGGCUGCUGGAGGCGGCGCCGCUCUUUGCUACUGACAAUCCCAGCAAAAAUGCUCCGGCGGUGAACGGCGUGCGGAGCACAGGGCGUGUGUCACGCCAAGGCGAUUUCCUUGCCCUGUUUCUGCAUUUUUAAUUAUUAUAAUUAGAUUUAGUUUAAAAGCGGAUCUAAUUCAGCAACGGAGAGGGACGGCGCUUCCCCUGGCCCGGUGUUAAUGGUGGCAUCGGUGGAUCUGGAGUAUAGACAGGACCGUGGGACUAAGAAUCGUCCAGGAUUAUUGGGGGAUAAAUCAGAAAAUAAGAGUAAAAUACGCUGUUGAUUUCCUGAACGGUGUCUGGCUUUUGCAGGAACAGGAUGCCAGCAGACCUCUGAGUGAGGCCGCCAAGAUGAGCGUGACAUCAUGGUUCCUGGUGAGCAGCUCCGGCACGCGCCACCGGCUGCCGAGGGAGAUGAUCUUUGUGGGACGAGAGGACUGCGAACUGAUGCUGCAGUCCCGCAGCGUGGACAAGCAGCACGCCGUCGUCAACUACGACCCCUCCACGGACGAGCACCUGGUGAAGGACCUGGGGAGCCUCAACGGGACAUUUGUGAAUGAUGUCCGCAUCCCUGACCAGACCUACAUCACCCUGAAGCUGUCUGAUGUCGUCCGCUUCGGUUAUGAUUCUCACGUCUACGUUUUGGAACGGAGUCAGCACAAAGUUCCAGAGGAAGCCCUCAAGCAUGAGAAGUACACCAGCCAGCUGCAGAUGAGUCUGAAGGUACAGGAAGGGAGGAGGCGGGAGAAGGGGGGCCUGGCCGACCCGUCACGCUCCAGAACAGAGAAGGUGGAGCGCAAGGCCGUGCCGGAGGCCCCAGAGCCGCGCCCCACCCCUCUCUACGGCCAGCCCUCUUGGUGGGGCGACGAUGAUGUCGGCAUAAACGGCCAGAAGAGGGAGAGUUGCCGGCCGAACGGGAGCCACGCAGACCAUUCCAAGGUCAGCUCUAGACCUGAACUUGAGGUCAACGGCUCGCACCUGGACUACAGGGAUCCACUCACCAAGCCUGUCUACCCAUACCGGAGGGAGCCCAGCUACUUUGAGAUCCCCACCAAAGAGAUCCUUCACUCCAAGCCCUCUGAGGGUGAGGACCAGGAGAUCCCCACCAAGGACACGGACAGCCCAGCGAAGCCGGCCCCCACUUCCCCUGCUGUGCAGAGCCACGCCUCCUUCACCAUCGAGUUUGACGACUGCAAGAUGAAGAUCAAGGAUCACAUCACCAAGUUCUCCUUCCGCCAGCGCAAGCCGCUGUUGCGGGAGUUGGCCACGCCCACUGAGGUGAUGUCCGCUGAGAGCAAGGUGGCCGACUGGCUGGUGACCAGCGACAUUAGCAUGAUGAGAUCGAAGGCGCCCUGCGAGGACGUCUACAGCACCAAGAGUGACCUCCCUAUGCAGGUCAAGACCCUCAAAGGGCACCACCACGAGGAUGGCACCCAGAGCGACUCCGAGGGCCCCGUCUUGAAAGACAAGCGGGCCGAAUUGCAGCAGCCCCUCCCGUCUCGCCCGCUGCCCCUGCGCCAGCACGUCCCGCUGCCGGUUCAGAAGCCCCCCAGUCCACCACCCACUGACAGCUUGCAGGCAGCCUCGUCUCCGGAGCCCCGUUCCCCACCACCCCCACAGGGCCAGAGCAGGCCUGACCCCCAGCAGGCCUUCGUCAUAGAGUUCUUCGAUGAUAUUCCCCGAAAGAAGCGCUCGCAGUCAUUCACCCAGAACUCCGCCCAGCCUGACAUGUACUCUGCCAUCAAGGCUAAGCUGGAGAAGCGCAAGGCUGGGACCCAGACUGGGGAAAGGCCUGCCCCCUCGCAGGGGCAUGCCCCUCCUACCCAGCAGAUCACCGUGCCACUGAAAGUGUCCGGUGCGGGGGCCCUGCCACGGUCUGUCUCUCUCAAGCGGGAGAAGACGGACGACAGGACCAGCAGCCCCCCUUCUGGCUCGAGCUUCACCAUCAGGCCUUUUGGCAGCGUAGGGAGGAGGUCCAAGCUGGCCCAAGACUUUGCGGCCGAGGUUCUGCGGGAGUCGGGCCAGAUGGUCGCUCCUGCCCAGAAGACGUUCCCAUCCCCCAUACCGAGCCCCCGCCGGCAGGCCGCCUACUGCUCCCCGACCGCCACCCCCAUCCACAGCCCCAGGCCCCGCACAGCCCAGCUGGGUGUCUGUCCUGAUAUCUCGAGGACCACCCAGGCCAUCAAGAAUGAGGAGGAGGACAGCCUAAGUGACGCCGGUACCUACACCAUCGAGACGGACGCCCAGGACAAGGAGGUAGAGGACGCACGCAACAUGAUCGACCAGGUGUUUGGUGUUCUUGACGCCCCCGAGUACACCGGCGUGACCAUGCCAGCCUAUAGGCCGCUAAUUAACCAGGACAGGGAGCAACAGGCUAGCAAGUGUAGCUCUGGGGAUCUAAAACCAACCCCAGAGCAGACCUGUAGUCCAGAGGCCUUUAGUGGCACCCCCAGCAGCCCUGCACAGCUGCAGGCACAGCCCGCUGACUCUGUAUCUCCGGGUGGCCCCAAGUGGGUCUCUCGGUGGGCCAGCCUGGCUGACAGCUACACUGAAUCGGGGCCCCCUGGAGGGCUCCUGGACACCCCACCUCAGGGAAACUUCACAGAUGGAGAUGGUACGGUUACCCAUCAUGCACUGCCGAACCACAGAUUGGACAGUGCUGAGCCAGAAGCUACCCACGGCUCCAGAACACGACGGCUCCUUCCCCAAGUUCCUCCAUCUGAAAAAGCCGAGAGCUCGGCCCCCAGCAUGUCAAUGCGACGGGAAAGCGCCACAAGCCGCGAGGCCCCCGAGCAGGGCGUGGCCACGGGCCGCCAAGGGGAGGCUGUCCAGAGGCUGACUGUGCAGGAUGAGCUGGAGCCCGACAGCCUGAGCGAUGCCAGCAAGUCUGACGAUGGCUCCGCUGCGGCGGAUCGGAGCAGGAACUCCCUCUCCGGGGGAACGGAAAGGCCCACAAAAGAGAAAACGAGGCCCCAACCAAAGUCCACGUUCUUCUACAUCGGCUCAGAGGAUGUAGAAGCUGCCCCAUCUUUGGCAGAAAAGGAUCGGAAUCCACCCCAGAAAGCCUCCUCUGCGACGACCCUGAACCAGCAUAAGGCCAGCCUAGAGCCCAAGAGGGCGGUCAAGUCCACUGCCUCAGCCUUGGCCUCUAAUUUCUUCAUGGAGGACAGUGGGGACACGACUGCCAAAGAGAACGCCGCCUCGUUCUUGCGGCAGGAGAGCUUCACCAGGGACAAGCAGAGUGAUGCCGUCCAUGUCCACCAGCUACCACACAUCCAGAGUCAUUCCGCCCCGAGGGACGCCGACCGUGCCGACGCGCACCAGGGCCAGUGCGGACAGGACACACAGUCCUUCCUCAGGGACACUGAGAAUGCGCUGGCAGCCCUGGAGGCAAAGCUACAGGCCCAGACUCAGGCUUGUAGCCAGAGAGCAGAGGAUUCACUAUCGGGAGAGUCGGACAUAGAUACAUCUAGCACAGUCAGCCUGGUCAGCAACCAGAAUGCUCCCAGCGACGCGUCCAAGAAGAAGGCUGCUGUCAGCAGCACGCAGAAGGGCAAGUCGUCAUCCUUGUCCAUCCAGGACCAGGGUCAGACGGCCACGGCCCUCGAGCGCCUGUCCGAGAAGCGGCGCUCUCAGACCACCAAUGGUACUGGCAAGGCUGACGCCGACAAGCGGUUCCACCGCCGGCGCAACUCUGGGACCCGCGGUUCCUUGGAGCUGAGCGACGAGACCCAGAACUCUAUCCAGCCUCAGGGCCACUGGCAUGACAACUUCUCAUCGGAUCAGGAGACCGGCUCUCGUACCUCUGUCGGCAAAAAGCUUUCCAUUCGGCCCCAGAGGGAGGAACUUAGCAAGGCGUCCAAGGGUCACCAGGGCCUGACGCGCUCCAACAGCCUCUCUGCCCCGCGGGCCACGCGAGCCUCCAUGCUUCGCCGUGCCCGUCUGGGCGACGCCUCGGACAACGAGGGCACCGAGACGGACCGCACAUCUCAGAACUCAGACCCAGCUAAGCCGGCAACUGAUGCCAAGAAGCUGUCCCGGCUGGACGUCCUGGCGCUGCCCCGCAAGCGGACCGGAUCCUUCACCGCACCCAGCGACACCGAGUCUUCUGCCGGACGGACGGGCUUCUCCACCCGCAGCUCCGAGCCCGGAAGCUCCGUGCGCAAGGCGUCCACUGCCGAACCCAGGUCCCGGCAUGGUAUGGCAUCCACAGGGAAGCAGCCCGUCAGCCGGACUCGCUCCAGCAGCGCCAAGUACUCCGGCACAGCUGCGUCCCGGCGUCGGCAGAAGGGCUCCGACUACACGUCCACGUCGGACGAAGAGUACGACGGCACCCCCAAGCACAAACGCCCGCAGUCGUUGGCUGCUACCCAGACACCCCAGGGCCAGGCGUCCAACGUGCCCCGCCUCCGCUCACAGUCUCGCCAGUCCGAGGAUGAGGAGAACGAGGGUGACCCCUUCCAGAACUGGUCGGCGCACAGUGCGGAGAUCGCCAGACUGAGUCAAGACCUGGCCAAGGACCUGGCAAUCCUGGCCCGGGAGAUCCACGACGUAGCCGGGGAUGGUGACUCCCAGGCCCCCAGUCCUGUUCCCAGCACCCCCGCUUCUACCAUCUCUGCCCGUGAGGAGAAAACAAACCCAUCUCGGCAAGCCGCCCGCACAUCUCAGUUGGUUCAGCACAUUCCAGAAGCCAGCCUAAAUUACCAGAAGGUUCCGCCUGGUUCUGCCAGGCUCAAUGAACCGGACCAGAACACAAAUGAGCAAGACCUGAACUCCAAGCGCCGCGUGUGGAACCGUGAGGAGGUCAUGUUCGAUCACCUGAUGCUGAAUCCCGUCUCUCAGCUAUCACAGGCUAUUCGUGAAAACACGGAACAGCUGGCGGAGAAAAUGAAGGCCAUGUUCCACGACAAGCUGGACGCCUGGGAGGAGCUGGAAGCCAGGAUUAACGCGGACAACGAAGUCCCCAUCCUCAAAACAUCCAACAAGGAAAUCAUGUCCAUUUUGAAGGAACUGAGAAGGGUCCAGAAGCAGCUGGAAGUCAUCAACACUAUUAUAGGUCCUUGUCCAAUCCCGGGGCACGGCACUCCCAAGGCCCGCCUUCCCUCCAAGGAAUCUAGGCCACCGUCACAGACUGACAGCGCCAGAGAGCGUAUCAGGAGGGCCAUGGCAGACCCCGAAGUUGAGAGCAUCAUGCUUUAAGCUACGGGGAGCCCCCUGGUGGCAGUUUCUACUCAAACGCUUGUAUAGUCCAUCAGGUUUUAUGUGCUUACUGUGUGUGUUUAUAUGGGUGGGGGAUGACAGUAUGGUGCAUAAAAACCUAGACUAAACAAAACAAGUCUUAGAAAACGCCUUGCUUGCCAUAACAAGCGGCUUGCGUGGAAGUGCAGCCUGCAUGCCUUCAUCCUCACUUUUUGAGCAGUAUUUGGGUCUAUAGCAAAACAGGUCUGGGCUGCGACAGCAGUGGAGGGUUUCUCACUGCAGGACGGGAGCUCUGACCCUCGCUUUCACACUGACGUUCCGCAUUUGCACUCGUGUUCCCCGUGUCCACGUCGUUAGCCUGAAAGUCGUACAACCCAUGUGAUCGAGCUUCAGGUCCUGGCUGUGAUUUUGAAUCGCUCCUGCGCAUUGUGGCGGACAUCCCCCCCCCCCCCAUUCUGUUAAAACGCACCAUGUCCUGCUUGAACUGGUGAAGUUGAGCUGCUGUCUGGAAUCCCACCUGAUGCUGUCAGGUGGAGUAACUGCAUUAAAUUCUCGUAAAAUAUCACACUAAACGAGUCUGAUGACAGACCGAUCUUGUGCGACAGGAAUCUGUCCAUUUUUCUUAGUUUUUGAACUGGGAUGGUGUUUUUGAUUUUGAUGUCACGCUGUAUUUAACGUAGCGCUUUCCAGAUUAUCCCCAGGAAGCACAAUGGGAGAGUUGGCGUACGCCGAACUGUUUAUGAUCACAUUUCUUUUAGUUCGUCUCUGUCUGCAAUCGUCUCCUGUCUCCUCCACACUCAUAUCUCAAGCCUGGACCCGUGUGGGCUCCCGUGGACCAUCCGGCUUGCUCACUCUCACGGUCAGAUGGCACCAAGUCUGCUUUUUUUGGUGGUUUUUGAUGAGGAGGAUGUAGUCAGAGGUACUAUGAUUUGCCCAUGCAGAUCACCCUCUUGCUCGGAAGUCACCCCUGUGUUUGUUACUGCAGUCCAGUUGGAACAGCGGCAAGUUGGCACUUUGUAGAGCCAUCACUGUAGCACAAGGCCAAAGAUGACCACUCUGUCGCCCCUGUGCUGGCAUUAAACACCAGUCCUGAAGUGGUGUCCUGUUCAGAACCAUCACAAUUUUGUCCAGUAGCUGUCCAAAAUACCCUGUGCCUGUUGCUCGUCAUUUCCCAUAGAUGCUGCUGAGGCUGUAUUUCUCCACCCCCCCCCCCCACCCCAGCGAGAUCCUGUAUUGGGUCAGCUUCCUCUUCUUGGUUGCACUAUGGUAGAAAAACACUGUGUCCCCCAGGGUACCAUGGUAACCUGGGCCCUCUGCACUUAGCUUCACUUGAAGGUGGGUGGGCGAGGCCUUGCGGCCGCUUUGCAAAAAUGCACGUGUGGCACAUGUCUUUUGUUUUUGUGGGGGGGGGGUGAGGGUGAGGUAGAGAGUAUCACACCAAAUGUGCUUUUUUCCCUAAAAGGACACCUAGCUGUCAGACUGGUUGGCGGUGGGAAAACAAACCAACUGAACAGGGGGAUUUGGAUGAGAUAUAUAAAAAAACACCCUCACCUUGUCUAGCUUGAAAGGAAAAAAACACUGUAUUUUUCAAUCUAUUGUUCAUAAAGUAAUUUAGCCAUCGUGACGUGUAUUGGUAUGCUCUUUGUUUUUCGUUAAUUGGUUAUGCACCUCUCCCCGGCUCUCAGAGGCUGUUGCAUUACUUCUUGUUGAAUUACUGCACAUAAUAAAGGUACUGACUUACCAUCGUGAAAUGCUGGCCCGUGCGAAAUGCCUUUUACCGCCGCUGUGUUUAAAUUGAUGCGACUGGCUGCGAUGCUUGUGACGUAAACACUGCUGCUGAUGUUCAGUGUCCUGCAUGAAUUCCUCUUGGUCAUUUCCUUUGUGGUUCCUUUGGUCAACCCCUGCAUGCAUGAAAGAAAAAGAAACAAAAUUUUCCAGGAACAUCACGCCAAUAUUCUGGACUAGAUCUGCAUCUUUCUGCUAUUCCAGCUUCAAACUCUCCUACUUCCCCUUUUUUUAACAUUUCAAUUGUUUGUUCAUUUCAUGAACAUAAGGUAUAAUUUAAGGAUGAGUUCUGGGUUAUUUACAUUAUUUUGAAAAUUUGUUUAAGGGGGGAAUUAUGUACAUCUUUUUGCAUUAUUUAGAAAAGUUUGAUUUUAUCUUUUGUAAUAAAUUGACGUCAAUCUUUA